AUGAUAUAUUUUCCAGAUAUGAAGGAAGAUCGCAAUUUAUAUGUGUGCACAAGAAUACUGAAUGUUAGUAUGCUUGGGUCUCCGAAAUACAAUGGCAAGUUUGAGUUUGGUAGGAAGAAGCUGCAUAUUCCGGAUGUUUUUGCACGUUCAAAAACCACUGUUUGCCUGAAAAGGUCGAAACGAGAGAUUUUUCUUGAGAUGAUCGAUAGAGACACACUGAUAUACUCUGCGAAUGGUCAGGUUUUCAAGAUCAUUGGCAAAGAAGAGUUUGUAUUUAGUGUGAAUAAAAUAUGCAGGAAACUCGUUGUUGGGCAUGGAAAGGCGUUUAUUCUGACAAGCGAUCAUGUAUAUGUGUAUAACUGCAUGAAUAUUGAGAUUCUGAAGAUAAAUGCACUUGAUCUGGUGACGUCUCCGUUCAAUGAGAUAUUUGUGCUGACAGAAUCAAAGAUUCUAGUGUUUGAUGAUAAUGGAGUCAAGGAGGAGUAUGAGUAUAGUGGAAAUGCAAUGCACAUCCACUUCUAUCUGUUCAGGGAGCUUAUUGUUGUUAGCAAUAACAGUGUAUUUCAUUUGAAUCUGAACACAGGAUGUGUAAAUGUUCUGUACUGCUCAAGGUCGCUAAUAAAGAACAGUAUUUUACGAGACAGGCUGUACAUUAGAGAGGCAACGAAAGUGACGUCUCUGAAUCUUGAGGAGAGAACUUCCGAGUCUAUAUACACAGGUAAGCCCCUGAAGCUUUGUGUUGGAGACACUAUGGUUGCGCUGUACAACACUAACGGGGACUUUAUCUUUUGCGAUAGGUUUGACCUGAUAAACUCGCAAGGGAUGAUGUAUGAUAUUGAUGUGCAUGAGUUUCUUGGAUUCUUUUUUUGCGAAGACAAGUUUUGCUUUUUGUUUAAUAGCAGGAUAUUUAAGUGGAGCGUUGAUGGUAUGAGUGUAACAGAGUUAGUGAAUGAGAAGGUGGAGGAUUAUAAAGUUGAGUUUCCAGACAACAUCGAAGAGUUGAAGAGGUGGCAUAAAUUCAACAGAAAAGUCAAAGUAAAGUUUGAGCCGGGCAAGGUAAAUAAGAAAUUCCAUGAGAUGCUGAGAAGUGUAUUCAGGAAGGAUGAUGAAGCUACAGCUAAGAAGGAAAGCAAAAAGAAGAUUAAGUAUGCUGAUAGGAGGUCUGGGGGUUUUUGA